UGUUGGCCCCGAGAUGAAAGCUAGUGGGAAUUUUCGAGCAGCUCUUGAAGGCAUCAUCCUCCGCUGGAGCGUCGGAUCGGUGAAUCAGCGGACAGCCUCAACAUGACUGAGAAAAAGACUCCAGUGACACUGAAAACAAUCCUCAUAGGAAACUCUGGGGUGGGAAAAUCCUCCGUCAUGAACAGAUAUGUGAAUCACCGCUUCACCAACAUGUACAGAGCCACCAUAGGGACUGACUUUUUCUCCAAAGCAGUCAAUGUAGCGGGAAACACAGUGACUCAGCAGAUCUGGGACACAGCAGGCACAGAGAGGUUCCAGUCCCUGGGCUCACCUCUGUACAGGGGGAGCCACUGCUGCAUGCUGGUGUUUGAUGUCACUUCCACGGCCAGUUUCAGCGCCUUGGAUAUGUGGAGGAAGGAGUUUCUGAUCCAAGGAGAGCCUCAGGAUCCGUCUGACUUUCCCUUUAUUGUUCUGGGCAACAAGACGGACCUGAGCAACCGGGAGGUGUCUUGCAGAAAGGCCCUGCAGUGGUGCGAAGAAAUUGGAGCAGAGUACUUUGAAGGCAGCGCUAAAGAGGACCCGGACCUCGAGAAGCCGUUCUUGAAAGCCGCAGAGCUCGGCCUGGGCCAGUACAAAAAACACACAUUGGAAAAUACAGGACAUUUCCAGAUAACCUGCGAACAGCCGAGAGAAACUCGCAACACCUGUGAGUGCUGAGAGGGGCACUCGUCCCAGCGUGGAAAGGAAAGUUCAGAGACUUCGGCACUGCUGAUGACCUAUCUAACAAGGGUGCAAAAAUAGUGACCCGGCAAAGGUACUGUGGAAGGAAAGGACACAAUUGUAUACCACAUGGAGAGAGGAACAAACUCAUUAAAUUUUUUUUUCUUUUUUUGAGAACCUUCAGCUUAUGGUCUAACUUAAGGCAUCACUACUAAAAUACACUGCUUUUGCAUGCAUGUCUAGUUUUGUUCAACAGACACACCGACACGCACAAAAUUAUGAAUGCAUAUGAAGAGAAAGUUCGUUUCUAGAGAGAAUUCAGGAGAAAUCCCAACCUGAAGUCCAGGCAGCAAGCGGAGGCCUCGGCUCAAACGUUCGAGCCUUUUAAUUAAAAUAUUGUUUUUUUUUUUACCAUCACAACUAAAUCUGGCCUUACAUAGAAGAUCUCCACUCAUGCCCAGUCAGACAUCUCCUCCUUGUACAUGUGUGGACUGAUGAACCAAGCAGGGUUUCACACUCCUUCAGUGAAUCAGCUCGACAGAAGCAAAUCAAUCAGAACAAUCAGGGAGACUAUAUAUAUAUAUUUAUAUAUAUAUUUGUUUCUUUUAUAAGUAAAGACACAAAAGGCGAUCAAGAGAUGACCAACAUGUAAAAACAGUUAGUUACAGGUAAUUAUAUAAAAGGCCAAGAUGUUUGUUUUCAGUUUUUUUGUGUGUUUGUUUUAUUCUUGCUCUAUGAAUGAACUAAUUUACAAGUGAGUACACUCCGGCUGUUAGCGGUCUUCCCAGACAUUCCCAUUCAAAGACAAACAUGUCACAGGUAGCUUUGCACACCAUCUGUGGUCUGAAAUACAGAGCCUUAGAGGAGAAAAACAAAUUAAAAUUUAUUCAGUUGAUUCACAGACAAUAAGGUGGAGUUCGGGGGUCUACUAAUAUAUUCAGCCUCUCUACAAAUUAAAGAUUCAUGAGCAAAAGAAGCAGAGGACAACCAACCGGGUAAAGGGGAAAAAAUCUGAUGCCGAUUUUUCCUUCAAACCCGGGGAAAUUUGUGUUUGGCAAACAAAGCAACACAAGCAUUAAGAAGUAAACAAAGUAAAAAAAAAAAA